CAAUCUCCUCGACGAUACUUAACUAUUUUAUUACUCUUUACAGGCGUUUCGUACUUAUUCUGCCUGCUGUGUAUUAAAAAUUGUCAUGACGUAUAUCUUUGUUUUAGUAAUAUAAAUUUAAAAUACACUACUAUAUUCAAGCAUUUUAAACGUUUACUUUACCAUUUACCUUUGUUUUCUUCUGACAACUGUUUUCGCACAAACACCUAAAAUCGUGUAAGUAUACAUUAGUCCUAAUCCAUACAGCUAACACAGUGGAAUUCAACUCAUUUGUAAAUGAGGUCAUCAGUGUUUUGGUAUAAUAUUAUCUUUUAAUAUUAAUCGAAUAAUAAUCAUAAGUCCUUUCUUGAUAUAUAUUGUUUGCAUAUUAUUGUUUGACUGUUGAAGUAAUGUUGACAGUUUCGCGCAAAGCUAUGUAAAACAUUCGCAUGCCGAUCAUCGAUUUGUAUACAUAAUAUUAUAUUAUUUGAUAUGUUAUUAUUUAUAACGUCAACCUGGACUACAUUCGGCACUUAAUUAUACAAAUGCAUCAUUUACCUAUACCUAAUAUUACAUGAUAUAUAGUUUCGUAAUAUGCGUCCGUGUUGAAUGUUUAGUUUGGGGACCGAACGAUAGGUUGCGAAACGGUUUCCCGUCGGUCAGCACAUUAAUUUGUUUUGUUUACAUCGGCACGCGACCGUAUUUCUAUAUAUAUAUAUCAUAGGUGACUGGACACACGGAAUCUAUAAAGACAUCGAUCGCCGGACGUACUGAAUUGACCGCAAACACCUGAAAACAUACAAAACAACAUGAAGUCCGUUGUUGUCGCAGUGUUGUUCGUAGUGGCAGCCACUGUUGUCGGCGCCUCGUCGGUGCGCGUGAAAAAAGACGUCGGAUCAAAGAAAAGUGAACAGUGCGUGUACGCGGACGUGUCAAAAACAGGUAAGAAGACGAUUGUCUGCGGUGAUCCAGCGCCACCCACGUUGGCCUCUAUCUUGGCCAGUCAACUGCAGAGACAGUCUACAGCCCCCGAAGCCAGGAUUCCGUCUGAAAAAUGUUUUGACCUAAAUAAAUCUAAGCCCGCGCCCGUGUCCGUGUACGUGCAACCGCAGCCCGUCAUGCACCACGAACAACCACACUACGAACAGUUGCACGUGAUUCACCAUCAGGUGCCUCAAGUGCACUACGUGCAACAGCAACAGCCGCUGGUGCACUAUCAACCGACAGUCGUUUACCAAAAACCGGUGGCACAAAUACAACCUUACAAGUCUCCAUGUUCACAGUACGGUGGUUACUCGGACGGCGGUUACUCGAGCGGUAAUUACUUGGGCGGCGGUUACCGUAUGGCUGAUGAUGCAUAUCCCAUGGCGGUACUGACGAGGGCAGUAGGCGAGGCAGACGAAAUAGCAAACGCUGCAGACGAUAUAUACGAAGACGAAAAUGUGGCGCCGAUAACGCAAAACUACUUGGAGGCGGGACCGUUCGAAGGCAAUUCGGCAGUGGCCCGCAAAGGGUUCGGUAGCGGCCGCCCAAGAACUGUGGCUAUGCGACCCAUGUUCGUGCCGGCUAUGGUAAGGUCAACAGACCCGUACGGAUAUGAAGACGGUGUCGGACCGGAAUGGCAGCCACAGCAGCGGUUCGUAUCGGAACCGGAGAUUCAGUUCCCAGACCAGUAUUCACAACAAGCGAUAGUCGGCCGGUUCCCGGGCGCCGAGAGAUCUAUGGCGUCGGCAGUUGCCGAAGGUCCGUUGGACAGACGACAGCUUGCAUAUAGUGGUUACGUGCCCGUCCGGCCUGAGAUGAUUAUGUCGAUGACGGACCGGUACAACUAUGGCGGAUAUUCGAGGACAGCCGGACAACAAGCGCUGCAAGAGCAACAACUGAUUCAACAGCAACAGCAACAACUACAACAACAGCAACAACUACAACAACAACAACUACAACAGCAACAACUACAACAGCAACAACUACAACAGCAACAACUACAACAGCAACAACAACAACCACAACAGCCCUCGCAGGUCGUUUUACCGGCCCAACAGCUGACCGGGGGAGAGGUCGACGGGACGCCUGCGGCAGUACCCGCAAAGGUCGAACCGAAAGAUUUAAAACCAGCCGAUCGCAAGAAAAACAUGAAAAAUUAAACUCCUCGACGGUUAGUCUACAGUAUAUAAUAUUAUAAAAUUGUAUCUCGUGUUAAUAUUUCCCACACAACAAAAGUCUUACAUUGUAUUUUAUUGUGUUCGAUUAGACGUUGUACGUUUUACCGAAAACGGCCAUGACUUUUUUACGAUAUAUAUUUUAUUAUGUGAUUCUAACAUCAUAUUUUUUUUUACGCACGCACUGUUUCAAUACCUACUAUAACUAUAAUAAUAUAGUUUAAUAAAAAAAAACGU